AUGCGCUCGGUCAACUCCUUCCUCCCGCUCCUCCUCUUCUUCCCCCCGACGCGGGCGAAGAGGAGAGGGAGUGGCGCCGACGCCGGUGCUCGCCAGGUCGACUCCGGCCACCUCUGGUGGAGCUCGGACCACCGGAGCGACCGCGAGGACAAGGAGCUCCUGCCUGGACCAUCCCCUUCUUCUAGAGAGAGAGAUCUAUAUAGGGCAGGGCCAUGGUCGCGGCGGAAAGUGUCAUCGGCCGGAGUUGGGACACGGCGCCUCGGCCAUAGAACGACGGCGGAGCGGUACUGGGAAGGGUCAUGGGCGAUGUGGGAGGGCUCUGGUGAUGGUGGGGCUCAAGAAAAGAAAACCCCCAGCCACCCCGAAUCAGUCUCAGCCCACUCUCGUGCGUGCUGGAUAGGGUUCCCCGCCACCCUCACCGGUCGCCACCGCCCUCACUGGUCGUCGCCGCCGUCGGUUUCCCCUACAUGGCCGGAGGAUAGGCCAUCCCGCCAGUCCAUUCCCGCCCCACCGCGAGGGAGGAGACCGACCAGUUGCGCCUCCCCGCCGGUCGCCGCCCGCCACCCCAAGGAUCAAUGUCGGCCGCGCGGUCCCCGUCGGUCGCUGCUCCGGAUCCAGGCCGCCCACCGCCCCGCCCCCGUCAGCCCGAUCUAUUUCCCACCGGAUCCCAUCUUCGCCGCCGUCCAACGCGCCUUCUUCAAGGAGCUGCGACCCCAUGUCUCAGAGGAGCUAGCCCCGACGCCAUUGAUGCCCGAGCGACGCUCCCAAGCUAGGAGCGGCACCAGGACGACCACGCCCCCGAAGCCUAAACUGCAAGCACUGCUACCAGCGAUUUUUGAGCCGCUUGUGCCUGCGCAGCUUGCUGACGCUGCGCGUCCUGGGUGUGGUCUAGAAAGCAAUCAGAGAAAUAGAUAUGUUUGAAUGUGAGAGGAAGCUACGGCCAUGCACAGCUCACAGCAGCAGACUGCACAGAUUGGAUCAGGAACAAUCAAAUCAGAAGAGACAAGGGAUACAUCAAAUCGAAAGAGAGCAACUCAUCACUCAUAGGAGUAGGAAGGAGAAUCCUUGGGCUUUAUCAAAAAUUUGUGAGCUUUCCAUGGAACAGUG